GGCAGUUAUUUUGAAACCGGCGAAAUACGAAGACGUCAGCGCGGACGGUCGGUUUUUGUAAUUUUGCCGGCUAACACACCUUUCGAACGACGCGUAACGGUGGCCGGGCCAUUAAAAUCGCCACAACCACGGGCAAUUCGAGUGCGGCGCGCUAAUUAUGCAAGGCUGAGAACUAGCCACAAAAAUUUGGGGGGCAGCAAUAAACCAGUUGAUUUAAACUAGUUUGUGAGUGCGUGUGAAAAGGCCAAGGAAUUUGGCCGAAAGUAGUAGACAAUAGCUAGGAGGCUGCGACUGCGGAGGAUUCAAGUCCAGAAGUUGUCCGACCAGUUUUCGGUGCCCGUGUGCUCGUGUGUGUGUGUGUGUGUCGGGAUUACUUGGAUUACCUUUUAUUUUAUGUUGGCCGGUGCCUUCGAAGCGGAGCGAAUGAGUUGGAGCAGCUAGUGGCCGCCAGAGAGAUCAAGAGUGCGAGAGCCAGCGAGAGAUGCCCUUCGUCCAGCGCGUGGUGCAGCCCGUCAAUGUGGCCCAGGCCACGGCGGCCAGUUUGGGCCACGCAUCCGGACGAUUCCACUGCACGCCGGGCAAGUGCCGGAACAACAACUGCAUUAACAAGCAGUCGCCGGAUGUAGAGGUCCCCAAUGGCCACGGAUCACCCACAUCCCUUACCAGGGUUCUGGUUCACCAGGCGCCGGAGGAUCAACCCGUACCGCCCGCUCCGGCGCCCAUGAAGAAGCUAAAGCACCACGUCGAGUUCCUGUCCACCUCGCCCACUCGCCAUCAGUCGCAAUCCCUGCCCAAUUCGCGGCAUCCCAGCCAGCAGAGGCCGGCGCUUGGAAGGAUCGCCAGUGCACCGCAGUCGCCCACUGCCGGCUCCUCCAAGGUGGUCUCCGGCCACGAGUUCGACUCGAUCAGCAACAUAACGCUGAGCAACGCCCUGCGGCAGCUGGCCAGCUUGGUCCUCAUAGCCAGCGAUAUCUUCGACGACCUGCAGCGGGAUCUGCAGGCGGUGGGCGAGCGGGCGGGUCGUGUGCAGCGGAAGAUUGCCGCCGUGGAGCGACGCGUCUGUGCCUACGAUCCGAAAACGGUCACAGUUCCUGAAAGCGACCUGCUCACCUUCGCACAGCGCAAACACCACUUCGAGACGGACAAGUCAUUCCAGCAGGAGCUCUUUACAGGCGAGACCAGACCUCUGAGCGUCCGGCAGCUUUACACGGAGGCUGGUAAGGAGCUGCCGGUGGCCACCGGAGCCACUGCGACUGCCCUCGCCUCCUUGGCGCACUCGCAGUCGCUGAUCCCGUCCCGUUCCAUCUCCUUCAACGGUGAGGUUCUGUCCAGCGAUCACGAAGUUCUACAACUAAAUGGAUCCACGGACACGGAGGAUCAUCUGCUGUGCGUGUCGGACUUUGGCAAUGCCAACCGCAAGCUGCGCACGCGCAUCGAUGCCGAGAUCGAGAUCCGACUGCCCGCUGCCAUUGAGGAUUUGCGGAAGUGGACGUCCAGCGAGGCGCUGGGUGAUGUCACCGUCACGCCGGAUUGCAUGCAUCACGUGGACACCUCGGUGAGCACAUCGCUGGCCAUCGGCGAGAAUGGCAUCCUGACCCCGGCGCUGUCACCGUCCGUCCUAUCCGCCGAUGCCGUCGAUGCCCUCUACGCCCAGAAUCUGAGCCAGGCGGCGGACAGCUCCCGGCACAACCACCACACGCAAGCCCUCAUCCCGAACGAUAUUAAUAAAGACGUGCCUUUGAAUCAUCGAUUGCCUUCACCCGAAGAACAGACCAAGCAGAUUGCCUUAAAAUACCCCGCCGAAGUGAUUUCGGUGAACACCAGCGGUAAGCACUUCCAGCGGAUGUGUGCGGCUCGCAAGUCGACCAGUGGAGGAUACGCAGGUGGCGCCACCGCCGGAUCCUCGAGCAGCACAUCGCCGGAGAACGCCGGCCAAACGGAGGGCAACAACCUGGACGACAAUGUGCAGACGGUGAGCCGGAGGUCAAGAUCGCGCAAGGUGCGCGGAAAGCGGCGGAACACGAUAGCCGGAAUCGAUCAGAAGGAGAUCCAGGAUGCGGCUAAUGGCAAUGGGGAGUCCAAGAAUGCCUCAAAUGCCACAUCUCCGGUGGCUCCAGCUCAGCAGGCGGAGACCACCUCGUCGGAUGCCAAGAAGUCCAAGAAGUUCGGACGCAGCAAGUCCAGUGACAUAUUAAAAAAGGAAUCUGCUGCCUUGCCCUACGACAAGGGAAAGAGCACCCUCACCCGGCUGAAUUCCCUGAAGCAGUGGGGUCGCAACCGCUUCAAGUUCAUGCAUCGUACCGGCGAACUGGGCGACCAGUUGGACACCAGCGGCUGCAGCUCCCAGAACAGUUCCGCGGAGAAGGCGGACAGCCAUCAUGGUUCGCCGGCGGGCGACAAUUCCAAACGCGACAUCGACGACGAAUGCGUGGUGCAUCAUCUGGUGGCCCAGAAGAGUGAAUCUCGGUUUUCGCACGAACGAAAGCCCUCGUAUUCCUCCUCGGAGAAGAGCAUUAGUGUGUCCAGCAGUGGCCAGCUCAGGGGCAGACUGCAAUUAUCAUCCGGACCGAUGGCAGCGGCCCAUGUAAAGAUGCGGGAAACAGCCACUCUGAACAGGCAGCGACGAAACGGUCUACAUGCACUGGCUGGCAAGGAGGAGCAGCCGCAUUCCUCAAGCGGCAACUGGAGUGCCAGCUCGGAAUCGGGACGCGCCUCCAUUGGCAGCGAGAUCACCAUGCAGCCGAAGUCGAGUGCCUCGAGUACAUCGUUAAAUGUAUCCAGUUUUCAGCCAGGAGGAGCGGGCAGUGGCCCACCAUCCUCCAUGCUGAGCAGAAGGAGAUUCCUGAACACCUCCGCCUCCAGCAGUGUGACGAGUGAGGGCACUGCCACGCCGGAACUGCAGGCGGAGGCAGGUGCCUAUCCAGGUCACCUAGAUGAUGAGACAAGUUCCGCUUACAGCUGCGACACAGAGGGCUACUACACAUCCUUCCACAUGGACAGCGGUCUUCGAACGCUGAAGGAAGAGGAGCCAUCCGUGAUGCCCGGUACCCCGCUCCAGACGAGCCUGCACACCAGCAGCUACUCCUUCGGUAGCCAGUCCAAUCAAACAGUGCUCAAUGCGGAGAGCGAGUAUGAGCUGUUCGGCAGAGGAUCCACCUCCACGACAACGAGCUCCGCGGGCACCGUGUGCACAGCUCUGAUGAGCGGUGCCGCCUCUGGGCCGGAUGUGCCCGAGCGGAGUAGCUCGCUGGGCAAGCACAGUGGUCAGAGCCGGAGCCAGAGCACCAGUGCCAGCAGCAGCACGCUGGAGAGGAGCUACAGCAGCAGUACCAUCGGAAGCACUCUGGAGCGCACGGGAACUAUCAAGAGGAAUGUCAAGAUGUCGCCAACCAAGGCAGGUGGUGAAGUGACGGAGAAGGAUGACCAGCAGGACCAGGAUCAGCAACAGCAGCUUGAGUUCUCCGAGAGCUCCGAUCUGGAGGGCGUGGAACGCAUAGAGCGGAUCAAGCAGAAGACGGCCCUCACCUCCAAGAGAAUACCCUCGAUGUGCAUCAUUACGCCCACAACGAGUGACGACGAUGAGCACCAGACCAAUGAUCCGAAUCGCACGCUCACCAGUCUCACCAUCGAUGUGGAGCACGGGGAGCAGGACGAGGAUGAGGCGGAGCAAAAGACGCCCACGAAUAGCAAGGACCACAACCUAAACGAACUGAAGCAGACGCCCACGAAAGCGCUGAGCGGGAUGUUCGAGAAACUGAGGGUGAAACUGGUUCCGGGCAAAAGCUCUCCGGCCAAGAAUCAAAUGCAACCCAAGCCCGCCAACUCGAGUGCCGUGAAUGACGAUGAGCUUUACGAUUUGGCCGGCGAGUACGUCACCAUAGCAGACAUCAGCAACAACAACAACAACAACAAGAACAUUGGGCGACGUAACACGGGAAUGGGUAUAUACUAUUCCAAUGACAUAGUUUCCAAGAGGGUUGAACCAUCGACGUCUGCCGUUUCCGAGUACGUUUCGCUAAACGAGCUGCCACAGCACUUGCGUCGGCACGCGGUCUCGUCGAGAUCCGCUCCUGCAGCGGAGAGCGAGUCCUGCGCACAACAACAGCUGCCCGUCGAGCCGGCAGCUGCGACGUCCCAACCACCACCACUACCCCUCGGCGGCAGGACGCAGGGGGUGGGCGAUGGGGUGCCCAUGUACGCGGAAAUCGGCGAAUUGAGCGAAGAGAAGCCGCUCGCAUCGGCGGCAAAUCGUCGACUGCGCCCGAAUGCCGAGGGGAAAUUGGUCUACGACUCCGACAGUCUGAAGCGGCGCAAGGGUGCACACACCACCUUCGCACCUGGGCCGUACGUGAAGGAAACCGAAAGUGCGCUCCACAGUGCUGAAAGUGCAGCGGCGGCAAUAGCAUCGUCACAGGAUCCAUCAGCAGCAUCAGGAGCCAUUAGCAGUACCAAGAGCGCCAAGCUCCUACUGCUCACCAGCGGCGGAUUAAUCUCUGGCAAUCGCAAGGUGGCCAACGUGAGGCCCAUUGUGGCCAAAUCCCCGCUCAGCAGGAACGUCAGCGAAAUGGCAACCUACCAGGCAACCAGCUACCAGGACCAGAAACAACUGCUGGCCAACCGAACAAAUCCCUUCUACGAGACCAUUGCCGCACCCGUGGCCAAUCUGAUGAUGCCCUCGCCGUCGGGCAAGUCCAAUUCUUCGACGGGCUCCACAGCCACCAGUUCCUCCUCAUCGGCAUCGGGUCAAUCCGGUGAAGAAGGGUAUCAACGUUUCUCUAAUAUCUAUGAGCAAGUGCAGCCAGCACCGAGCACCCAGCCACAGGAAGAUGCGACUGCCACGCCCUUCCAGCGCAGUGCGCCCAUCUAUUGGACACUGCAGAAUCGCCGCAGCCAGCCAAGGCCACAGCCCGCUGGCAACGUGACCUGCCGGGAUGACCUCUACGCCACGCCCAUUCGACGGGCCGACCGACUGCCACGCCCAGUGGCUGCUGCUGCGGCAACAGCAGCGGAAGGCAACAGGAGCAACAUAUCGCCAAUUGUGCCAAGGAAUCGUUCGGGAGCCUUCCUCACCUCCACGCCCACGAGGAGCGGAGAGGGUGAACGCGAUUCGGAGAACACACAACUUCCCCCCAUGAAGCAGCCAUCCCGCAACUGGACCGAUGACGCACCCGAACGCCUCAACACCUGUGCGGAUCGCAUUGGCCAAAGCAAGACCACGCUAAUGGACUUUAAGAAGCUGCUGCUGGCCAAGUCCGCCAAGGCGAGUCCGGUCCAAAGGAAGGUAUCCGCCGUGGAGCUGCUGAAGAAGCCAGCCCAAGCCACCGCAACGCCGCCCGUUGUAAAGCCCAGUGGCCCUGGACAGAAGGUAGCAUCAGCUGGAAGCAAACCAACGAUCAACACCAGCCUAAAGCUGCUAGAUCUGAGCGGCUCACCCAAGACUUUCGCCAACCGGAGGAUGCUUCGGCAAGGCCAGUUUGGAUCGCCCUCCAAGACCUUUGCUCCAAAGAUGCGAGGACCCGUGAAUAUGGUGGCUGCUGCAGCGGCUCCACCGCGAACUGACAUCAUGUCCACCACGAUUCCGGAGGCGAAUAGCGAGGAGGAUCACUCCAACACCAGCGGAGGAUCGCGAGCCAGUUCCGAGGCGGGCGAAACGGUGCCCUCCAGCUUCGACUUGAAGCGGAACUUCUUUUUGCAAACCGAGGAGAACAAUUUCAUGCGCGGGGAGCUGAAGCCCAGCUUUGCCAGGUCAAAUGGAGCAGCCGGAGGUGGCAGCACCGAAGGCGUCAACAAGUACGUGGCAGCUCCGGUGGCGAAUCCUCCGCUGCCCUCGUUUGAAACGGCGUUGUAGAGCGGGUCUAACCCACUCUAGCUGUCGCAAGCUAUAAUACAUAUUCCAUAAGAAAAGAUACCCAUAAUCAGAUGAGCAAUUCCCUUCCGUAGCCAAGCCGAAACUGCAUUUAUUGACGGACGGAAACGAGUCAGAAGCGAUGCUACUUUAUGCAACAUAUACAUAUAUCACUAUAUAUACACAACACCUUUAUACAAUAAACUGUAUUUUUUAAAUUGUGCUGCUUGUAUAAACGGAGAUGUUUUAUACACGAAUACGAAUCGUCUGUACACCUACAAUAUAUUUAUUUGUAAUUUUACGUUAUUUAUUGCAAUUAUGUAUUACGCUACACGCAUUGCUCUUUGUUUUGUAGUACACUUGUACGUCUACGAACUGAUGAGAAUCGCUUAUUGAUUAAAAGAAAAAACAUUAGAUAACACU